GCUGGGAGGAGGAUCGGCGCGUCUUCCGGGUUGCUGCCUUUCCCGGGGGUCUGCCCCGCUGACAUUCUGUGCCCGCCUCUCGCCCUGUCUCCCCGUGCCCAUCGCAACUGUCAGGCCCUGCGGGCUCCCGCCGCUGUCACUCGCGCACAGGUUACCCCGUGGCUCCCUUUCUCUUCACUUGCUCAUGCCCCAGCUCAUGGGAAACCUGUUUUCUGACCUCACUUCCCCUGCUCCAGUUCUGCCUUGCUCGGAUUCUCUGAAAUCUGACCCUUUCCAGGGGCACUGUGACAAGAAGAAGGGAAGAAGCAACCUUACCCCUGAGCAGGCUCCCGUCCCGCCCAUGCCCUACCCGUGGCAGGGGCCAGGGUUCUCUGAUGGACGGAGCCAACUCGUCCGUGUGCCCUUGGGCUACUCAUUUUUAUAACAUGGCCCCUUUUCUGUUCAUCAAAAACUUCCUUUUGCAGGUCCCUUGCUACCCAUAUGUGUGAAGAAAAGGGGGAAAUGAAAGCCCUAGAACCCACACUGCAGUGGGCAUGGGAUCAUCCUGGAACCAGGAGAAAUGAGGUUAGGGCUACCACCUUAACCGCCCAGGUGCUGGCUCUGCGUGAAUAUCUUAGGAAAUGCAAGCUGAGGACAGGUCACAAUUUGGGUCUGCAGCAGAAAUGCUUUCAGAACAGACAGCAGCUCUGGGGACAGGAUGGGAAUCAAUGAAUGUACAGCUGGAUGGAGCAGAGCCCCAGGUGGAAAGGGGAAGCCAGGAAGAGCGGCCAUGGAGAACAGUACCAGGACCUCUGGAGCACCUGUGCUGUGACCUUGAAGAGGAGCCACAGUCCCUUCAGGAGAAGGCUCAGUCUGCUCCCUGGGUUCCUGCAAUUCCCCAGGAGGGGAACACUGGAGACUGGGAGAUGGCAGCUGCACUUCUUGCGGCUGGAUCACAGGGCCUGGUAACCAUCAAGGAUGUGUCACUGUGCUUCUCUCAGGAGGAGUGGCGGAGCCUGGACCCCUCUCAGACAGACUUUUAUGGAGAAUAUGUCAUGCAGGAAAACUGUGGGAUAGUAGUCUCUCUGAGAUUUCCAAUUCCCAAACUGGACAUGCUUUCUCAACUAGAAGGAGGAGAAGAACAAUGGGUCCCUGACCCCCAGGACUUAGAGGAGAGGGACAUUCUGAGGGUCACAUAUACAGGAGAUGGAAGUGAACAUGAGGGGGAUACCCCUGAACUAGAAGCAGAACCUCCCAGAAUGUUAUCCAGCGUGUCUGAAGAUACUGUUCUCUGGAACCCGGAGCAUGAUGAGAGCUGGGAUUCCAUGCCCAGGAGCUCCAGAGGAAUGCUCCUGGGGCCCCCUUUUCUUCAGGAAGAUAGUUUCUCAAACCUGCUGUGUAGCACAGAGAUGGAUUCCCUGUUAAGACCCCACACAUGCCCCCAGUGUGGGAAACAGUUUGUAUGGGGCUCCCACCUUGCCAGGCAUCAACAAACACACACUGGGGAGAGACCCUACAGCUGCCUCAAGUGUGAGAAGAGCUUUGGGCGAAGACAUCACCUCAUCAGGCACCAGAAAACCCACCUACAUGACAAGCCCAGCAGGUGCUCUGAGUGUGGUAAGAAUUUCCGAUGCAACUCCCAUCUGGCCAGCCACCAGAGAGUGCAUGCAGAAGGCAAAUCCUGCAAAGGCCAAGAGGUUGGAGAGAGCCCUGGCACAAGGAAACGGCAGCGUGCCCCACCAGUGCCAAAGUGUCACGUGUGCACUGAAUGUGGGAAGAGCUUUGGCCGAAGGCACCACCUUGUGAGACACUGGUUGACCCACACUGGGGAGAAGCCCUUCCAGUGCCCUCGCUGUGAGAAGAGCUUUGGCCGAAAACAUCACCUGGACAGGCACCUGCUCACCCACCAGGGACAAAGUCCCCGGAACAGCUGGGACAGAGGAACAUCUGUCUUUUGAAAUCUGUUUCCACUACAGCUAUGGUCAAGUCUAUCAGCCGGUGCUACCAGGAGUCACUGCCAGGGCUGCCGUUCUCCUGAACCCCAGUGGCCAGAAUCAUAAGCCCUGACCCCAUCCCUAGAAAGAUGAGGUCCCAGCAAUGGCCAGAGCAUUUCUCACCAGUUCUGUGAGAUAGCACAUAAAAAUAGAGUUCUUUGGGCAAAACUUUUGGGAAGCAAUGCAUCCUACAUGGGCUGAUAUUCAGCCUGAGCUGUUCUCAAGAGGAGAGUGGUACUGGCAGUUUAUGGCUGAAAUCCAUUCUGAUUGGUUGGAGUCUAUGCUAUACCAGUUGUUAAACAUUUUGAGUAUCACUCUUGCAUACUGUUACUAUUAUAUUUUCUCUAUAUAUAGACAGAAAGGCCAUUUGAGAAUAUUAAAGGCUCUGAAAAUUUCUGCAGUAGACCAAACUGAAGUUUCUAUUAAGGCAGUGUUUCCUAAAUGUAUUUGACCUCAGUAUCCUUUCUAUUUACAUCCCACAGAACUGGUGACUAUGAAACACUCUGGUGAACACUGGGUUAGAGAGUAACAAGGAAACAAGAGAUAGUGAUCAGGCAUCCAGAGCCCCCUUUUUUAUCCAUAUGAAAGCCAGGGGGGCCAGGCCUUGUUCCUGUGUGGGUCUGUCUUCCUUAUGCCAAUCAGCAGUAUAUACAUCACCUCUCACCCUCACCUGCUGAAAAAAUAACCUUUUUACCCAUUAUUCCUACUCCCUUCAUCCUGCACAUACAUAUAUCCAGCUGAGAGAUCACACUACAAGGCUAACAGAUGAUCUAAUACCCCCAAAUAACCCAGGCCCACACAGAAAAACAAAAAAACAAAAAAAACUUUAUCCCCUUGAACAGACCCCUCUCUCCUCUUGACUGUCUUUAUGUGUCUGUGUAUUUGUGUGCAGGGUCUUUGAAGACAGCAUGCUAUGUGCAAACUGUACAAGCUAGGUUUUCUAGGGGCUGUGUUCUGGGGAUGAGGGUAGUGGGGAUUAUAUGGGGUUUUUUCUUUGUUUCAAGACAGGAAGCAGUCUGAUUAAGGGAGCACUAGUGGAAAGGGUUAAAUGACAGGUUAAGUUGAGUACAAAGCUUUCCCAGUACUGCUGAGAUUAAGACAAUUGUGGAUGUGUAUGUCUCGGUUUGAAUCUCUGGGCUGCAGAUUGCUUUUACCCUGGCAGAGAAAGAGGAGUCUUUGGGGAGGUGAGCUGUUUCUUGUUGAUUUCAGGCAAGAGGCACACAGAAACUUUGUAUUGAGUGGGGAUUUUGUUUUAAGUGCUGGAAAAUUAGGGCAGGAAUUACAUGUUUGCAAGUUGUUGCCAUCACUGGUUUGAAUUUGACUGCCUCAUCAAGGGGCAAGAGUUAUUCUUGAAGAUCUCAUUCUCCCAGAAACAGAACUUUAGGGAAAAUGGCUGUGGCUUAGCUUUUCAGCUGAUGCAGGGUAAUAAGCUUUCUGGUUGGUUUUCCUUCCAAUUCUGGAAAGGUGUCCACACUAAGACCCUUAACUCUAGGGCUUGCAUAAGUAUUCUAGCAUCGUUAGUUGAUGAGUUGGUCAUUGUUUCUCUUUAUCAAUAAUUGUGUUAAUACCAAUCUUAUAAUUUUAAAAUUAUCUUGUAUGUAAGAGCAGUUUGGGGUUAGGGAGGAAGAGGAGCAAAGUGGGAUAUUUUCUCUUUAAUGCUUAGAUACUGUUUCUUCCCUAAGAUGUGUUUCUCAACCACAAUUGGUGGAAUGAACCAGAGAGGCAAGAGGAAGUGAAUUGCACCAAUUUAGUUUAGCGACUGUGCCUUUUGCAGGAAAAACUGGGUGAAUCACAGCUCCUCAGAGUCCUGGACUCAACUAGAAUUGAAGAUAGACUUAUUUUGCUGACUGGGCUUCUUAGAGUUUAUGUGACUUGAACAGCUUGGCCCCUGCCUCCCUUCUGCUACUGUGAGCAGCCUUCCUUCUUCCUUCAUUCUUCCUGGAAUGCAGUUCUCUUGCUUAUGAUCCUAUGAAUAAGGCAAAAUGGCUGGCCUUUGUAAGGCAGGUCUUGCCCUAGCUUCUCAGAAACAGGAGCAUUUUAGGAUCAGUAUUAGGAGAUGCCCCAGGGAGUAAGAAAGUAUUGGGUUCAGUGAUAAAUCUGGACUCUGACACUUCUUUUACUCUCCCUCUUUAAUACUAAAAGCUCUGCAUAAGCAAUGGUUCAGAACCUGUCUUGGGUACAGACCUGUUGAAUCUGACAGAAACCAGAAACGCACUUUUGAGAAAAAGACAUUUGUAAUUCACUCAGUUUUCCAUACACAUUUAGCAGGUUCACAGCCCAUCUGUGGAAUCCCUAAACUGCCUUCAAAGAAAGGGAGUUCCCCGAUCUAAAAUGGUCAUUAUAUAUUUGUGUCAAGAAUUAGAAGGCAAGGGUCACUAAAUAUUUUAAGGAUUAAGGUACCAGAGGCAUCAGUGUAUAAGGAUAGAGUCUGGUCUUUAAUUACGACAAGGGUAUUGCUUACAUUCUACUCUCUGGUUUUCAAAAAGAUCUGACAUGCUGACAAAUCCAGCUCCUCACAAAUCUUGUUUGAAGGACUUGUGGGAAGUGAUAUUCCUUACUAUUAGAUCACGCCCCUUAUAACUACAUGUUAACAUCCAGCCUUUUAUCUGCUUGAGUAAUUGUAGGGAUAGAAAGUGAAGCCCCCAGAGUUAGGUGCAAGUAUAGCACCCAGCUGAAAGGCAUCAUGGAGUCUAAGGGCCUUCUACAGAAGGGGCAAUCCUUUGGGUUAUUUCUGGUGUACCACUGUCUUCUCUACCUCGGUCCAACACCACCUCUCUUGGACGAAAAAUAAAACAAGCAACAGCCAUCAGAUGAGUGAAUAGAUUUGAAUGAUUUUUCCCACAGGGAAUCAGCCUCAAACGUUCAUGUUUCACCCCGUCCCCUUUAAAUAAAAAGAGUCUCUGUGUUCUCUUUGGGCAAAAUGUAAAA